CUUAAAUACGCCUUUCUCGUCUCUUUCUUCUCAUCUUCCUCCACAUUUCCAUCAUCCUAGAUACAUCUUUAUUCUAUUCUUAUACUCCUCUCCAUUCUUAUAUCUAGAACCCGCAUCCCAUCAUGGCUGCCCCCGCCGACAUCACCAUCAAGAACCUCAACGGAGAAUGGACUCUGGACAAAUCCGUCUCCAACGACGCUGACCCAGUCCUGGCCCUUCAAGGAAUGAGCUGGCUCACCCGCAAGGCAAUUGGUCUCGCAACCCUCACCCUCAAGGUCCAUCAGUACCCCGAGUCCGCAAACCCCACCGUCAUCAACAUCGACAUCGACCAAAUAGCCACCGGCGGUAUUAAGGGCACCAGCGAGAAGCGUGUCACCGACUGGACCGCCCGUCCUCACUCUGACCACAUCUUCGGUAACGUUGAGGGCCAGUCUCGCGUUAUCCGGGGCGUCAAGGGCGCAGAUGGCAAGGUGCGGCCGAACCUGGAGGUCAGCACCAAGGUUGGCAAUGAUGACGACGAUGCCAAGGUUGCGCGGUUCUUGAGGGGUGAGGUCCUGGCGGAUGGAUCUGAGACUGAGGGCUUCCAGGUGGAAGCUCUAGGUGAAGAGUACGGCGAUGGAGAAGGUCUCUAUAUCCAGAACUUCGUUGUGAACAAGGACGCUGGGUAUGGCUGGACCGCAGAGCAGGUUUGGGGGUUCGAAACUGUUCAAGACGAGCGUCGUUACACCCGCCGUAUCGUGGUGGCCAAAGACGGCAAAUACCAAAUGAUCCGCUUCGUGUACUCCUUCCUCAAGCAUCGGGAUGCCUAAGCUGUUCAUGUGCUGAGUGUGCUAUGAAAAAGAGAUUCGCGCUUUGGCCAAGUCUGACCAGUAAAAUUACUGAACUUGACAGACAAGUGACAGCGUCAUGAAUUGAAGAACUUUGACUAGCGUUUCUUCUUGUUUAUCAUAUUAUAAUACAUGAUUCCGGGCACCUAGAAAGUAUAACAGAACCCAACGGUUUCACACUUCAUAAGAAGAGAACAUGUACCAGUGAAUGAGCAAUAUUCUCGAAGCCCUAAGCCUCGAGAUUCACCUGACGUGUCUAAAUCCGGUGUCAAAAGUCCAGCAUGCUGAUGGACAACCUCGAAAUUUUUAUAAUGGUAGAAGUAAAGAUGGAUUGGACUUUAGAUCCUUAGAAGAGACUAAACCAUGUAUGCGUUCCUUGCUGGAAGAUUCAGCGCGACUGCUUUGGAUAUAGUAUAUUUAGAGUGAUAUAAUCUAUCACAGGG